GGUAGUUCUAUGUUAUUCCAUUCACACCAAAAUUAUAAUCAUAUUAGUAAUUAAUAACUAAGCAUUAAUUAUUCAUCAAUCCUAUGCCAAAGUUCUAUAUAUAUUACUAUACUUAUUUUUUUCACUCACCAUAUGUUUCAAUAUUCAACUAAAAUAGACACAAUGGAUUUUUAUCAAGAGACACUUGCUCAUGUUAAUGAUGGCUUUGAGCUACACGAUUUCAUUGAAGAUCCAAACUUUGAUCAAUUCAUCAACUUGAUUCGUGGGGAAGAAAAUGAAGAUAGUACUAUGUGUAACUUCAAUUCUGACCUUAUAAUGAAUCAAACCUUUGUUGAUAACUCAUUCCUUUCAUUUCCUACAAACGCUUUUGAUCCAACUUCUUCACUUGGCGCUUUCUCUUGUUUCCAUGGAGAAGCUAAGGGGGAAAUAGGAGAAGAAAAUGAUGGUGAUGAUGAUGAUUAUUCUUCUCCAACAACAACUAUUAACACAACUACUUCAAGUGGUGGUGAUACUAAACAUAGGUCGAAAACCGAUAGGUCCAAGACUUUGGUUUCGGAGCGGAGGAGGCGAGGUCGAAUGAAGGAUAAGCUUUAUGCAUUGCGAUCUUUGGUUCCCAAUAUAACUAAGAUGGAUAAAGCUUCUAUAAUUGGAGAUGCUGUUUCAUAUAUGCAAGAACUUCAAUCCCAAGCCAAGAAGCUUAAGGCUGAGGUUUCUGGACUUGAAGCAUCCAUAGCAAUGUCCAAAACUCAUCAAGGAUCAAUUGAAAACCACAAAAAGAUUCAAUUCAAUGAGAACACUAGUUCAAUAUGCAAGAAAAUUGUCCAGAUGGAUAUGUUUCAAGUGGAUGAAAGAGGGUUUUAUGUCAAAAUAGUAUGCAAUAAAGGAGAAAGAGUGGCUGCUUCAUUGUACAAGUCUCUUGAAUCAUUGAGAGAUUUCAAUGUUCAGAAUUCAAAUUUGGCCACAGUUUCUGAUAAUUUUCUACUUACUUUUUCAUUCAAUGUAAAAAAUUCAGAGCCAAUAAUCAACCUGCCCAAUUUAAAGCUAUGGGUGAUUGGAGCUUUUCUAAAUCAAGGCUUUGAAUUCUUGUCUUCUUUUUAAUUUUGACAAAUCUAAACUAGAUAAGUAAUGUUGUAAUCUAAUUCACUAUGCAUUCUUAUGAAGCAUUGAAUAUUUCUAUAAUAUUUAUGCCUCUCGUUGGAAGUUAACUACGAGCACUAGUGGCAUAAUUUAUUAUCGGUUUCUCUUUUAUUUCUGUAUAAUUUUUAUUAAUAAGAUCCUAUUUUUGUUUUAAAAACUAAUUAUUAUUAGUAUUUUUUUU